AUGAGCAAACUGUGGCUUUUCCUUGCCGCCAUUUUGUUGAUGGCGGCAUUUGCGUCUUCUGCACCACCAGCGGAAAGAACUCGAAGGAGUAGCAGCAGCAGCAGCAGUGAGGAGUCAGAUGGGUGUGGUGGGUGUGACGGAGGAGACUGCGAUGCUGAUUGCGGUGAUGGAGGAGACGGUGGUUGCGAUGGUGACGGCGGUGAUGGUGGCGAUUGUGGAGAUGGGGGUGAUGGAGGUUGCGAUGGUGGUGACUGCGGAGAUGGUGGGGAUGGUGGUGAUGGUGGUUGCGAUGGUGGUGGCUGCGGAGAUGGUGGGGAUGGUGGUGAUGGCGGUGGGGAUGGGGAUUGUGGUGGCGAUUGUGGUGGUGAUGGUGGUGAUGGGGGAGAUGGGGGAGAUGGGGGAUGUGAUGGCGGGAAUUGUGGGGAUGGGGGAGAUGGCGGCGGCGAUGGUGGUGAUGGUGGUUGUGAUGGAGGUGACGGCGGUGAUUGUGGGGAUGGAGGCGAUGGUGGUGAUGGGGGCGAUGGUGGAUGUGAUGGCGGUGAUGGCGGCGACUGCGGCGACGGUGGUGAUGCUGACUGUGAUUGCGACGGAGGUGAUGGCGAUUGCGGUGGUUGUGAGGACAGUUCAAAUUCCGAUUCCGAUUCCGACUCCGACUCUGACUCCGACUCCGACUCUGACUCUGACUCAUCCUCAUCCUCAUCCAGCGAAGAAGAUGAGGGAGACUGUGAUGGACCUGACGGGGGAGACUGCGGUGGCGAUGGGGGCGAUGGUGGUGGUGAUGGCGGUGGCGAUGGUGGUGGUGAAAUUGAAACCAUAUCUGUAGCUCAGGCUCCGGAAAUCCACUACGAAGUAAUCGAAAAGCCUGUUUACAUCCCGGUUCCUGUCCCCGCUGAUGAUGAAGAUGAUGACGACGGUGGUGAUGAAGAGGAAGGUGAUGAUGACGGUGAUAUCAUGUCGGGUGGAAACCUCGGUUUGAGCUGUUCUCCCUGCCCUGCGUUCAUCUCCCGUACUCAACCCGUCUGUGGGUCCGAUGGUACCACCUAUAGCAAUCUGUGUGAGCUCAGAGAAUCAUCGUGCAGGAGAGGAGACAACACACUGAAGGUUGCUAGCGAGGGUAGCUGUAUCAGUCAGCAUGCUGAACGUAAUCGCCGAAGCAGCAGCGAAGAAGCGGAUACGGGUGGCGACGGCGGUGGAGACUGCGGUGGAGAUUGUGGUGGAGACGGGGGUGGAGAUGGUGGUUGCGAUGGUGGUGGUGAUGGGGGUUGUGAUGGAGGAGGUGGAGAUGGCGGGGGUGAUGGUGGUGGUUGCGAUGGUGGUGGCUGCGGGGAUGGUGGGGAUGGUGGAGAUGGAGAUUGCGGCGGAGACUGCGGUGGAGAUGGGGGAGGAGACGGAGGAUGCGAAGGCGGCAGCUGUGGCAAUGCUGGAGAUGGUGGAUGCGAUGGCGGUGAUGGUGGUGGCGAUUGCGGGGAUGGUGGCGAUGGUGGAGACGGCGGAUGUGACGGUGGCUGCGAUGGUGGUGGUGGUGGUGAUGAUUGUGGAGAUGGGGGGAGCUCAGACAGCAGUAGCAGUAGCAGCGAAGAAGACAGUGGUGAUGGAGGUGAUGGCGGUGAUGGCGGCGAUGGCGGCGAUGGCGGUGAUGGCGGUGAUGGUGGUGGAGGAGGAGCACCAGCAGUUGAUGAUAGCGACGAUGACGAUGAUGAUGCAGAUGCUGAUGGUGAUGGUGGAGAUGAUGGAGAUGGUGGCGAUGGUGGCGAUGGUGGCGAUGAUGGCGAUGGUGGCGAUGGUGGUGAUGACGGUGAUGGCGGUGACGGCGGUGACGGCGGUGGUGAUGACGGUGAUGGUGGUGAUGGUGGGGAUGACGGUGACGAUGGAGAUGGUGGAGAUGAUGACGAUGGAGGAGAUGAUAAUGAUGGUGGU